CUGGAGGCGGGGUGGCGCGGGCCAGAGCAGGACGGCCGCCAUCUUGCGCGAGCCGGAAUCCUGUCCCGCUUCUGCGGCCUAGAGUGCGCGCGAGUCGGUGGCUUUCCCUUGCGGCGGCCCAGCGUAGCCGCGGCCCAGCUGGAUCCUGAGCCUGUCGCCUCUCUGCCCCAGACCGGAGUCCGGCCCUCACGCCCUCGUCUCGGCCAGGUCCGGCCUCCCCGCGGGGUCACGCGGCUGCCCCGGGGACGAUGAACGGAGGAUAAAUGGUGCCCAAGGCAGACAGCGGUGCCUUCCUGCUGCUCUUCCUGCUGGUUCUCACUGUCACCGAGCCGCUGCGGCCAGAGCUUCGGUGCAACCCUGGGCAGUUUGCAUGUCACAGUGGUGCCAUCCAGUGCAUACCCCUCCCCUGGAAGUGUGACGGCUGGGGAACGUGUGAGGAUAACAGUGAUGAAGCCGACUGUCCGGAAGUGACUGGAGAGGCCCGUUCUUAUGGAAAGGAAACUGUGGACCUGCGGCUGGGGCGGACCAAAGGAGGUGACCCCACACACUUCCACACCGUGAAUGUGGCUCAGCCUGUUCGCUUCAGCAGCUUCCUAGGGAAAUGCCCGACUGGGUGGCACCACUAUGAAGGCACAGCCAGCUGCUACCGGGUCUACCUCAGUGGCGAGAACUACUGGGAUGCUGCGCAGACCUGCCAGCGUGUGAAUGGCUCACUUGCCACCUUCUCCACUGACCAGGAGCUGCGCUUUGUCCUAGCUCAGGAAUGGGACCAGCCAGAGCGGAGCUUCGGCUGGAAAGACCAGCGCAAGCUCUGGGUUGGCUACCAGUAUGUGAUCACUGGCCGGAACCACUCCUUAGAAGGUCAAUGGGAAGUAGCAUUCAAAGGAUCUCCAGAGGUGUUCCUGCCCCCAGAUCCCAUCUUCGCCUCCGCCAUGUCUGAGAGUGACAAUGUAUUCUGCGCCCAGCUCCAGUGUUUCCACUUCCCUACCCUGAGGCACCACGACCUCCACAGCUGGCAUGCUGAGAGCUGCUCUGAGAAGUCUUCCUUUCUGUGUAAAAGAAGUCAGACAUGUGUUGAUAUCAAAGACAAUGUGGUGGAUGAAGGCUUCUACUUCACCCCCAAGGGAGACGACCCGUGCCUGAGCUGUACCUGCCAUCGAGGGGAGCCUGAGAUGUGUGUGGCUGCUCUGUGUGAGCGGCCCCAAGGGUGCCAGCAGUACCGCAAGGACCCCAAGGAGUGCUGCAAGUUCAUGUGUCUGGACCCAGAUGGCAGCAGCCUGUUUGACUCCAUGGCGAGCGGGAUGCGCCUGGUCGUCAGCUGUAUCUCCUCCUUCCUCAUCCUCUCGCUGCUGCUUUUCAUGGUCCACCGGCUGCGCCAGCGGCGCCGAGAGCGCAUCGAAUCCCUGAUUGGAGCAAACUUGCACCAUUUCAACCUUGGUCGGAGGAUCCCUGGCUUUGACUAUGGCCCAGAUGGGUUUGGCACCGGCCUCACUCCACUACAUCUUUCUGACGACGGGGAAGGUGGGACUUUCCACUUCCACGACCCUCCACCUCCUUACACAGCUUACAAGUACCCAGACAUGGACCAGCCGGAUGAUCCACCACCGCCCUAUGAGGCUUCCAUCAACCCAGACAGUGUGUUCUACGACCCUGCAGAUGACGAUGCCUUUGAGCCCGUGGAGGCCAGCCUGCCAACCGCAAGGGAUGGUGGCAUUGAAGGUGCAUUGCCCAGGCACUUGGAUCAGCCGCUGCCCCCUGCAGAGAGCUCCUUGGCAGAUCUGGAAGACUCUACAGACAGUAGCAGUGCCCUGCUUGUACCUCCUGAUCCUGGCCAGAGUGGGAGCACCCCGGCUACAGAAGCACCGCCAGGGGGUGGUCGCCUUCCCCGUGGCUCCCUCAAUACUGUGGUUUAGGUGGCUCAGCUCACGGCCCCAGUGGGCUAGGAGUAUCUGUUUCCUGUUCUGAAGACACCUAUCCCAGUGGGAAACUUUAAAGGGUCCUGUCGUAGCCUGGACCUACUCCACUGCCACAUCCUACCAGCAGCGGAUGUGUACAUAGAAACUGAAGCCAGGCACUGAGAGAGGAGUCAGUGCCCUGUGCCAUCCUUACCUGAGGGCUGUUAGUCUCUUUUUUAAAUGGUAGAAUGACACAGGUGUUGAAACCACACAUUUCCAAAAGAACAGAGGCAGCGGGCUACACUCACCAAAUACAUCUUUGGAUGGGCUUGCUUACUGCGCUGUCUCGCCCACAGAAGCCAGUCUUCCCCAGUGUAGACAGUAGGGCUAGCGCUGGUGGCUGCUUAGAGGCAGCAGAGCGUCUGUGGACUGCUCCCAGGGAAGGCAUUCACAGCUGCUGCACUGGCUCUCUGGGGCAUCCUGUCCGGGCUCAAUUGCGAAUAUCAAGGUGCCGAUACCUGGGAGGAAAUUUAACUUGCCACCCCGUUUCUAGCUUUGCUUUGAGGCCAGCACGGUGCCAGGAGGCCCCUACUCAUUCCUAGCACUCUCCAUGGCAUAGCUCUGCAUGGCUCCCCAGGAGUAGACGAGGCCCCUGUGGAGGGUUGGUGCUGGCUUUUCUCUGCCACACUCUGGAUCCCUGUGCUCUGCUUGCUGGUGACCUGCCAGCUGCCUUCGCCUUGCCUGUGCCAUAAAAGGUUGUUUGGGAAGAGAAGGGCACAAGUGGACACCCUGUGUUGUGUCAUCUGAGUGCCCUUCGCCCAGGACCACUGCUGGAGCCCAGUGUCUGCCAGCCACGUACAUGCCUCCCAACCCUCCACAGCACAGGGCUUUUCUAGCCAAACAACCCUGUUGCCAGCUCCAGCUACAUGCAGUGGUCUUGUCUCCUGACACAGGCCUGUGGCAUUUCUAAGGUUUGGAGAUCAAGCAAGGUUCUGUGCAAUUUUUAGCACAAUCGUGUCUUUUCUAUGUUGGAUGUCUGGGUUUUUCUGUAUCUAUGUGUGUCUUCAUGUGGCCAAAUGUUUGCAGGUGAUGGUGGUUCACAGGAGCUCAGGGUUGGGGAGGAGGGGGUCCACCACAGCCAUUUGCCCUUGGUCUGCUCUUAAACCACUGUGUCUGAGCUUCUUCGUAGACAUCUGUCUGCGAGGUCAGCGGCGCUGCGACUCCUUUCCAGAUAAGAGCAUGAGCGGGAGAAGCGACUGAGAGCUCCAGUUCUGCUGUGCUUGUUGCAAACCUGCACAGUUCUAGGCACAUCCUUACACUACUUGGAAACUUGUUUCCCCUUCCCACAGGCAACAUCUUCAGACCAGAUCCCCGGGGCUGCCUGGAGGUCAAUGGACAGUGUCCCAAGUCUGAGCCCACAGACCAGCUGUGCAGACAUCCUUCUGCAGAGGGAUCUUGCCCCCUACACCCAUUGCUGAGAGCAGCAGGGAGCUCAUCAUGUCUCCAGCAAGUACUGAGAGCUGGGUGCUGGGCAGCCAUGCUUCAGAGCAACAGUGGGGAAUCACAUUGGUGCCAGGCCACCCAAAAGAGUCCUAAGAACCACACAGCAGUGCCUCAGAAGGCCAUAUGUACUGACUGAAACUUAUCUGGGGACCAAAUGGCUGUUGGGGUUGGACCUGAGUCUAGGAGGCAGAGUUGAGGAGGGUGACCUCAUGUGGACUGUUACUGCAGAGUGGACCCGUCAGGACUGCGGGGUCUGUCCAGCAUGCCUGCAGAGUGCAUGGAAGGCCUGUGUUUGGGGCUAUUCAGACUAUUGUUAUUCCAGUUCUGAGCACUGGGGUCUGCCAGCUCUUACUGGCAAAUAAUCCCAAGUCCAGGAUUUGUUGAGGUUUGUGUUUCCUUGCCCGUCACACAAGGCCCCAGAGAGACAGGCCAAGCUCCUAGGGAGGCCCCUUUCCCAGGACUGCCUUGCCACACUUCUGAGCCCUCUGACCUGCCUUGAAGUGGAAUUUGAUACUGUACAUUGUCUCAAUGCCUGUUUUUACAUACUCCUUUCACUAAAGGUUUUAGUUUGGGUGUAUUUUUGGUCGGGUUGGCAUUAAUCCUUUCUUAAGAUGCUGUGAGAACCAUUUCAUCCAAUGCCAAAUAAACUUGUGUUAUGGAAAA